CCUCGUCGCGCGGUUGAUUAGGACAAACAAAUCUCGGCUUUACUACACUAGGGAGUCGCUUUACGAUGUUUGCUCUUAAGGACUACCUCCCGUACUAAACACAUCUAAGUUUACCGUACUGAUGCCCGGGCUGGAAUCUGGAGCAGCCAACACUAUAAAAGCUGUAACGUUUGCCCACAGCCGGAUUACAUCAAAUGUGUGCAUUUCUCACUUUGGACGUGUUUGAGAGAUCAGUUUAGCGGUGUCUUUUGGUUCCGGAAACCCGUCCCGUUUCUUUGGCUAGUCGGACAGUGUCACGUCGUUCACCUGAUGAGUAACUACGCGUCAUUGGGGACCACUACGAAACGAUUGGCUAUCAUUCGCAAAAGCUCCAGCUUCAGCUAUCUGAGACCGAUUAUAUGACAUUUGCUUCACCCACCACCCACCUCACCGCGAACCUUCUCAACUAGACUGCACAACAGCUGAUCGCCCUGCAAGCAACCCGCCACCAUGAUCCAAGGCUACGGUCCGGUGACGCAGGCCCUGCUCGGCACCCUGCUUACGUGGGGCCUCACGGCGGCCGGUUCCGGCAUGGUGAUCUUCCUGCGCGGCAAUCAACGCAAAUCGCUGGACAUUUCGCUGGGGUUCGCCGCCGGUGUGAUGAUCGCGGCCAGUUUCUGGUCGCUGUUGGCACCGGCCAUUGAGCUGGCGGAGAGUUCCAAUAUGUACGGGAGUAAGGGCGAGUUUUCGUUCAUUCCGGUGGCGAUUGGGUUUUUGCUUGGGGCUGUUUUUGUUUACGGGACGGAUCGGGUCAUUUCGUUUUUGGGGAUUAACAGUCCGACGAUGAUGAUCGCGUUGACGCACACAAACAAGGACAAGGCGGAUAUUGCGAUUGAUGAUCAGGUUUCUACGUUGGAGCAUGGCCGGAGUUCGUAUGCGGGAGUUGCUCCGAAUCCGGCGGACAAUUCGUUGGCGAUUGGGAUGGAGAGCUUUGCGGAUUGUUUGAACGCCCAGCACGGAAAUGUGUCGAGGAAGCGCAGGAAGGGCAGCGAAUCGCAGAAGGAACAAUCGCUUUAUACGAACGCCACCCAGAGCCAGAUCGAUGCCCAGUUGUCCCAGUGGAAGCGGAUCAUCCUGCUGGUGGUGGCCAUCACGGUGCACAACAUUCCCGAGGGUCUGGCCGUGGGAGUUAGCUUUGGAGCGAUUGGAACGACGGAUUCGGCUACGUUCGAGGCUGCUCGUAAUUUGGCCAUCGGAAUCGGCAUUCAGAACUUCCCCGAGGGACUCGCCGUAAGUCUGCCGUUGCACGCGGCCGGAUUCUCGCUGUUCAAGAGCUUCUGGUACGGACAGCUGUCCGGCAUGGUAGAACCGAUCUUCGGCGUUCUUGGUGCCGUGGCCGUGAGCUUGGCCAGCAUCAUCCUGCCGUACGCGCUGUCGUUUGCGGCCGGAGCUAUGAUCUACAUCGUGGCGGAUGAUAUCUUGCCGGAGGCGCAUGCGAGUGGAAACGGUCUCCUGGCGACCUGGGGAACCGUGGCCGGCUUCGUGGUAAUGAUGUGUCUCGACGUUGGACUCGGGUAAAUCCGGACCAAGCGGACAUAGUUCAAGUUCCCCUGCAGUUUAAUUCCUUCAUCACACCUACCACUUUCUACAAGCAUGCAAGCAAAAAAAAGAAGGGCAGAGCGCACCGUGAUGAAACUGUACUUUAAUUGAGUAAGUAUUAUCUGUAUUCGACUUAGCGGUUAGAAACCUACACAAACACACUGAGAGAUCGAGAGAGAGACAGGAAGGUACAAUUAAUCAAAAAACAAACGCAGUGAAGCUAUUUCUUUCCAUCUCUUGUGGUUAUUAUAUGUAGUUUAUUGUACAAAUAAAUUUUAUUGACAAGUGUA